UUAGAUAAGCUUCAAAAUCGAAGUACUUUGAGCUUGCUGCUUCUUUCACCAGACCACCAAAUCAGAGCAAGUUUGUGUAUGUCUCCCUGUCGUUAAAUGGCAGUUUUGGUAAUGUCAUCUUUCAAGUAGACACAUCUUUUCCUUCUCCAUCAGGAAGGGGAGGUAGUGGUAGGUAGUUCCAGAGAGGGGACUGUAAGAUGAAGAACCUGGCCACUUGAUGCUGCUGCUCCAGGGAUAAAGGGCAGAGUAGCUUCCUGUGUCCUUCCCUGAGUUAAUUUCAGUGUGUUACCAGUCCCACUUCAAAUGCAGUGUCUCGUCCACAAUAUUCAGAAGCCAUCACCUGCCAAUAGAACGUAGGAACAGAGAGAAUGAUAGUAGAUGCUGCUUGUGUAUAUGCCUUACAGCUCUCCCAGAAUGUCUCUGGGAGGCUGGUGGGGGAUGAGGUCUUCAUUUUGGGUAAAUCCCACAGCUGUCAGGGAACCUCUGCUACUUUCUCCCCUCUCAGUCACUUGGUUGCUGUUUCUUCUUUCUUGGAUGUGCGUCUCAGGGAUGUGCAUAUGAGCCCAUGCCUCUUGGAAUUUGGUGUUUGAAAUAUCAAGAACAUGGUUUCUGUACCUGAAACCUUUCUGUCUGACACUCCCUGGUCCUCUCUGUCCUGCAUUGCUCCCCGUGGCCUUAGGAGCAUCUCUCCACUGUUGCCCUGUGCCACCCUCUCCAUCUCUGCUAGUAAUCAAGUGUAUACAAUGAUUCUGCAGAGAAAGAAGCUGAAGUGAUGCAAGUGCACCUGUGGGAUUUACACACAGAGGUAUCUUGGUUUUCUGCCACAUCUGCUCUAAAGCCUACAGAACAUCUGAUGCACACUGCUUUUUCUUUCUCAUCUAGAAAGCAGAACAAACAACAGUAUAACUCUUAUGAUGGUAGUUCUGUAAUGUUUACUUUUAACUAAAUGAUAAGUAUUUUCCUCAAAGAACCAAAAAUAUCCCCCACCUUCUAACAAAAGUAACCAAAUGUAAUCUUCCUGGGAGCGGAAGAGGAAAGGGGAGGAGGAAAAGCAGUGACAGAGUGUUCUGAUCUAUUUUCAUCUCCACUGCUAGGCUGGAGGUGUGAAAUGCUGCUUUGAGUUCCACAAACUUAAGGGAUUAUGUUUACAAAGGUAAAUGCCUUCUACCUGUUCAGGAAACUUGUGGGCAUCGGGAGUUGGGCAAGUUUCUCUUCAUUGCAAACAAGUAAUGGGAGAAGGGUGUGUCUGGAAGAGGAAUGGAGAAACAGAUUCAUUGCAUCUAGUCUUCUUGGUAAAAUAAUGCCACCUUCUUCUCUCCUUAUGGAAUGGAGGGAUGAGGUGGCUGAAUAGAAAAUCAUUGAUGUCCAAUAUGGCUGGAUUAGAAGAGGCAGCUUUUCUACUUUGCACAUAAAUAUGUAACAGGAAGGUACAGCUAAAGUCCUCUUGCCUGAAACACUGUUCCCCAGAAGCAGACAUUGUAAUAAUAAAAAUAGUGGCUGUGUGUAUAUUGAUGCAAGUUACCUGUAAGUGUUUUAUUUUUUUUCUUAUACUUGAAAUGGCUUCCUUUACUAAACUCUUACCGUAGUUCUGGUUUCUCCCCUCUUUCUAUAGUGUGCAGUAAAGAAAAUUACAGGACAAAUGGGGAGAAUGUAGAGGAGAUGACGCUAUGUCUUGCAUAUCCGGGUUUCAUCUUAAUUUCCAUCCCAUUUUCUCAGAAAUGUUUGAACUUCCUAAGGGUUUUCCAUGGACACAGAAACUCAGCACUUUAGAAGGUGCUCUUGUAAGGCUGGCUGCCCCCUUUUCCUCCUUUUCUAUAUUUUUAUUUUACUUUUAGUAUAGUGGUACUUAAGAUCACUGGUUCACUUAAAAAGAAAAAAAAACCAAUAAAAUGUUUAAACUCUACUAAUGUACAAAUAAGCUGAAAUGUUGCAUUUUAUGUGUAUUUUUUGCCAUAGCAGGUACUGUAUUUCUCAUGCUGGAUUUAGAAAAAAAAAAAAGAAAGGAAAAAAAAAGAAAAAAACAAACAAAAGGGUGAUGUUUUAUUGGAGUGUGACAAGUUAAGAGUAAUAAAGAAUUAAGUCGUCGUCAUUUCAUUGAAACUGAGAUAUGGUGUAAUACUUAUAUAUAUAAGUUUUCUGAAGGUUUUUUUGGGCUUUUUAACAGCUUUUUUGGUUUUUUUGUUUUUCUGGUUUUUGUUUUUGUUUUUUUUGUUGUUGUUUUUUGUUUUUUUGUUUCUUUGUUUUUUGGUUUCUUCUGUUUUUUUUUUUUUUGAAAGAUAAGAUUGUAUUAUGUGCAACUCAGUUGCUUACAUUAUAACUACAAACUAUUUUUGGGUUCCUGGAGAGAAAAAAAAAAAAAAAAAGGACAAAAAAAAAAAAGACUAAUAAAUGUGUUUGGCUGCUAAGCAUUUAAAGCUCGUGUUUUGUGCACGUUUUGUGUCCCGAGGCCGGGCCGGGGCCCCUCAGGCCGCGUUGGCCUCCGGGCGCGGGGGGGCGCCGGGCGCGCUGCGGGCUCGGGCCGGGCCGGGCCGGGCGGGGCGGGGCCUCUGCCCGCCCUUAUCCCGCGGGCCGCGGCUGCUGCCGCUGUCACCGCCGACCGCAGCACCGCCGGCAGCACCGCCAUGGCCGCCCCCGGAGAGGAGCAGGACGUGAUGGCGCGGUACCGCUCCCCGCUGGUGUCGCGGUACGCCAGCGCCGAGAUGGCCUACAACUUCAGCGAGAGGAAGAAGUUCGGCACCUGGCGCCGCCUCUGGCUCUACCUCGCCCAGGCUGAGAAGUCACUUGGGCUUCCAAUCACAGAUGAGCAGAUACAGGAGAUGGAAGCAAAUCUGGACAACAUUGACUUCAAGCUGGCAGCAGAGGAGGAGAAGAAGCUGCGUCACGAUGUGAUGGCCCACGUGCACACCUUUGCCCACUGCUGUCCAAAAGCUGCAGCCAUCAUUCACCUUGGAGCAACUUCCUGCUACGUAGGGGAUAACACGGAUUUGAUUGUCCUCCGUGAUGGGUUUAACCUCCUGCUACCCAAGCUCGCAAGGGUGAUCAGCCGGCUGGCCGACUUUGCUGAGAAGUAUGCUGACAUGCCUGCUUUGGGCUUCACUCACUACCAACCUGCCCAGCUCACCACUGUGGGGAAACGCUGCUGCCUGUGGAUUCAAGACUUGUGCAUGGACCUGCAGAACCUGGAGCGGGCUCGGGAUGACCUGCGCUUCCGGGGUGUGAAAGGCACCACUGGCACUCAAGCCAGCUUCUUGCAGCUCUUUGAGGGAGACCACAGUAAAGUUGAAGAACUGGACAGAUUGGUGACUGCGAAGGCAGGAUUUAAGCGGGCAUACAUGGUCACAGGGCAGACCUACAGUCGCAAGGUGGAUAUUGGGGUCCUGGCUGUGCUGGCCAGUCUGGGGGCUUCUAUACACAAGAUUUGCACUGACAUUCGUCUUUUGGCCAACCUGAAGGAGAUAGAGGAGCCUUUUGAGAAAGACCAGAUUGGCUCCAGUGCCAUGCCUUACAAGAGGAACCCAAUGCGCUCGGAGCGCUGCUGCAGCCUCGCUCGGCACUUGAUGACACUGGUGAUGGAUCCCCUCCAAACAGCUGCUGUGCAGUGGUUUGAGAGAACUCUGGAUGACAGUGCCAACAGGCGCGUGUGUCUGGCUGAGGCUUUCCUCACAGCUGACAUCAUUCUAAGUACACUGCAGAAUAUCUCCGAGGGACUCGUGGUGUAUCCAAAGGUGAUUGAGAGGAGGAUCCGGCAGGAGCUGCCAUUCAUGGCCACAGAGAAUAUAAUCAUGGCAAUGGUGAAGGCUGGUGGCAAUCGUCAGGAUUGCCACGAGAAAAUUCGUGUUCUCUCUCAGCAAGCAGCAGCUGUUGUGAAACAGGAAGGGGGUGAUAAUGACUUCAUUGCCCGUGUCCGUGCUGAUCCUUACUUCAGCCCUAUCCAUAAACAACUUGAAAGCCUGUUGGAUCCCUCCUCCUUCACUGGACGUGCUCCUCAACAGGUGGCAAAGUUCCUGAAGGAGGAGGUUCAACCGGCGCUGAUUCCAUACCAAAGCAAGAUGGGUGGAAAAAUUGAACUGGCACUUUAGGUAUAGUCUGCAAAUGUGUGUGGGUACAGGAAGAUAAUAAAAG